AGAUUGAGCCAAUCCACCAUGCUUUUCCGUACAUCCCUCAUUGCCUCGCUAUUGGCGAUUCUGCCUCAUGCCUCAGCUACGGAGACAUGCCGUUGCUUCCCUGGCGACCCCUGUUGGCCCUCCGACGGUGAAUGGUCUGCUUUUAAUGAGACCAUUGACGGCCGACUGAUCAAGACUGUGCCGCUCGGUACCCCUUGCCAUGCCCCCAACUAUGAUGCUGCAGCUUGUGCAAUCUUGAAGGAAGGAUGGGUGCUUCCGGAGGAGCACUUUGAGUCAUCUUCCUCUAUUAUGGCCCCAUUCUUUGCUAAUGCAACCUGUGAUCCAUUCCACGAUGUCUCUAAACCCUGUGAAUUGGGCAACUAUGUUCGCUACAGCGUGGAUGUCCGUACUGCGGCUCAGAUUUCAAGCACCGUGAAGUUCGCAACAGAGCACAACAUCCGUCUUGUCAUCCGUAACACCGGUCACGACUAUAAUGGUCGGUCCACCGGUGCCGGAUCUCUUGCUGUCUGGACCCACCACCUCAAGGACCUGAAAAUCCACUCUUACACAGAUGAUCACUACACGGGCCAGGCUAUUACCAUGGGUGCGGGGAUUCAGGGCCACGAAGCCUACGAGAUCGCCGAGGAGACCGGUCUCCAGGUCGUCGGAGGCGAAUGCCCCACUGUCGGUCUCGCCGGUGGAUACACCCAGGGAGGCGGUCACUCUGCCCUCGGGUCCCGCUACGGACUGGGUGCCGAUCAGGUGCUGCAAUGGGAAGUCAUCGAUGGCGAAGGUAACUUCAUCACUGCCACUCGCGACAAUGAGUACUCCGAUAUCUUCUGGGCUCUCAGCGGCGGUGGUGCUGGUACCUACGGUAUUGUCUGGUCUAUGACCUCCAAGGCCCACCCGGGCACUCCCGUCUCUGGCCUGAACCUGACCUACACCAGUGAGGGCAUCUCGGCGGAUACCUUCUACGACACCAUUGAGACUUUCCACGCCACUCUGCCCAGCAUCGUGGAUGCUGGUGCUAUGAGCGUUUGGUACUUCACCAACGCUUUCUUCUCGAUUGCUCCUAUCACCGGCCCUAACAUCCCCAUCGCUGACCUUGUAGAUCUUGUCAAGCCCUUCACUGACGCCCUUGACAAUGCUGGCAUCAACUACACCAUGGUCGCCAACCAAUACGACAGCUAUUUGAGCGAGUUCCACGACAUGCAGGGCGAGAUCCAGGUCGGCACUGCCCAGUACGGUGGCUGGUUGGUCCCGAGAUCGGUUGUCGAAGAAAACAACAAAGGUCUGAUCAAUGCUUACCGUGAGAUCACCGAGGCUGGCGGAACUUUCAUCGGUGUUGGUCUGAAUGUCUCCCACGCGGUUUCUGGAGACGUUUACAACGCCGUCCUCCCCGCUUGGCGCGAUGCCCUGAUUGAUACCACCCUGACCACCCCCUGGGAGUGGGAUAACCCCGAUCUCAUGCUGGAGCGCCAGCGCCAGAUGACUGAGGAUUUCAUUCCCAAGUUGACGGCACUUUCCCCUGACUCUGGUGCCUACAUGAACGAGGGUGAUUUCCAGCAGCCCAACUUCAAGAAGGUCUUUUACGGUGACAACUACGAUAAACUGCGCGAGAUCAAGGCUAAGUACGAUCCGAACGACAUCUUCUAUGGAAGAACUGCUGUUGGUUCCGAUGAGUGGUCUGAGUCCGAGGAUGGCCGCCUAUGCAGGGUGAACUAG